AUGCAACAAGACUGGCCACCCUAUGUGAUCAACAGGCCGGCCUACUCGCUCCCAGACUUCGAUAGGAAGUUUGACAUGAAGAAACGGACCUUCCCCAUAGGACAGAAAGUGAAGAAGUGCUUCAGGUGCUCUGGGUCUCGACUCAAGUCCCUGCUGUUCAGACACCUGCCUAUCCUAAGCUGGCUGCCCAAGUACAAGGUGAAGGAGAACCUCCUCUGUGAUGUUAUCAGUGGGGUCAGCGCAGGUACCAUUCAGGUUCCCCAAGGCAUGGCCUUUGCCCUGCUGGCUAAUCUACCUCCUGUCAAUGGCCUCCAGUCCUCCUUCUUUCCUCUCAUCCCCUACUUCUUCAUGGGCACUGCUUACCAAAUGGUCCCAGGUACCUUUGCUGUGCUUAGUAUCAUGGUGGGCAUGGAGUGCCUGAAGCUGGCCCCUGAGUCUGACUUCAGCCACUUCAAUGCCACCAUUAACGCCACAGUGAUGGAUGAGGACAGGAUGAACGAGGUUCGACUGGGCAUCUCUGGGACGCUGGGCUGCCUUACUGCUAUAAUACAGAUGGGCCUGGGCUUGAUGCAGUUUGGCUUUGUGGCCAUCUACCUGUCCGAGUCCUUCGUCAGAGGGUUCAUGACAGCAGCUGGCUUGCAGAUCCUGAUCUCUGUACUAAAGUACAUCUUUGGCAUCAAAGUGCCUUCCUACAGUGGACCACUUGCCACUAUCAAUACUCUUAAAGAUAUAGUUCAUGGCCUGCCUAACACCAACAUAGCCUCGCUGGUCUUUGCUCUGAUCAGCAGUGUGGUUAUUAUAACAGUGAAGGAGCUGGGUGCACGCUACCACCAGAAGCUACCCAUCCCCAUGGAGAUCAUCAUUGUGGUGGUGGCCACAGCCAUAUCGGGCCUCCUGGACCUGCCUGAUAAGUAUCACAUCGACAUAGUGGGGAAGAUUCCCCUAGGAUUUCCUGCUCCGAUCCUCCCAACAGUGAGUCAGUGGGAAGGGAUGCUGAGCUCAGCCUUCUCCCUGGCUAUCGUGGGCUAUGUGGUCAACCUGGCUAUAGGCAGGACAAUGGCAGCAAAGCAUGGCUACGAUGUGGAUCCCAAUCAGGAGAUGUUCGCUUUGGGCUGCAGUAACUUCGUGGGGUCUUUCUUCAAGAUCCAUGUGAUCUGCUGUGCUCUGUCUGUCACCCUGGCAGUAGACAAUGCUGGGGGAACAUCACAGUUUUCCAGUCUGUGUGUGAUGCUGGUGGUCAUGGUCACCAUGCUGGCCUUGGGGCAUUUCCUCAAACCACUACCAAAGUCUGUGCUGGGAGCCCUGAUAGCGAUCAACCUGAAGAACACUCUGCUACAACUCUCUGACCCAUAUUACCUCUGGAAGAAGAGCAAACUGGACUGUUGUGUGUGGGUGGUCUCCUUUUUAGCCACCUUCUUCCUGAGUUUGCCUUAUGGAGUUACCAUUGGAGUCAGCUUCUCCAUCCUCGUGGUUAUUUUUCAGACCCAGUUUCGAAAUGGUUCAGAGAUGGCUCAGAUCAUGGACACAGAUAUAUACAAAGAUCCCAAGGUCUACAGCAAGGUGAAAUGUAUAGAAGGGGUGAAAAUAAGGAACUACUGCUCCCCUCUCUAUUUUGCCAAUACAGAGAUAUUCCGACGAAAGGUCAUCAAAAAGACUGGAUUGGACCCAGGUAAACUUCUCCUGGCUAGGAAGAAGCUUCUGAAGAAACAGCAGAAGGAGUUAGACAGGCAAAACAAGGAAACCAAGAAGAGGAAGCCCAGCUCUCUGGUAACCAUGAGAUCUCAGACCUUAUCACAGCAAGAGCUUCAGAACGACUUUGACAUUGGUAACGGCAAUCCUUACCCGCCACCAUCACCCACCAGCUGUGUCAACUUCCACUGUAGUGAUAAUGAGCUGGGUGAGCAGUCUCCUGACCCAGACCAGCCCAGUGCCUCCCCUGUCAUCCUGGACUCUCAGCCCAUCCCCUUCCACACCCUCAUCCUGGACCUGUCAGGGGUCUGCUUCAUAGACCUCAUGGGAAUCAAAGUACUCACCAAGAUGUACUUGAGCUAUGAGAUGUUGGGGAUCAAGCUAUACUUGGCCAAUGUUCAAGCACAGGUGUACGAGGAGCUGGAGGGGGGAGAAAUGUUUGAGGAGGGCAGUGUCCCCCGAUGUCACCUCUUCCUAACUGUCCAUGACGCCAUCCUCUGUGCCCUGCAGAGGUCGAGGAACACAGGAGGCUGUGAAAAGGCAGAGCAAGACAAGAAGGAGCUGGUCCUCAAUUUUCAGGAGGAUGAGGAGAGGGACCUUGAGCAGGAACUGUUUUGA